UGGAAUCUCUCCUUCUUUACAUCGACCAACAUGGUCCACGUCCUGGGCGUCGCCCUACCUGACAUGCAAUUGGCAAGGCUUGCCUUGACCAACUUCUAUGGCAUCGGGCAUAAAACAGCACAGCGUCUCUGCGCUCGACUGCAAAUACAUGACCGUAGCAAAAUCCGAGACUUAACUGCCCAGCAAAUAACUGAACUUGCCUCCUUCCUUGCCUCUCCGUCUACUGCACCCCCACUCCGCCGCAUGCCUCUCGCCAGCCCGACGUUCCAACCACCACCUGCCUCAACACCAAUAGAAGCGCUUCGGAAGCGUGUCACCGAACUCUCCAAACCCACCGGUGCCGAACCUCUCAGAAACUUGAAGAUAGAGGCUGAGGGAAGAAGGGUUGUCAGGGAGAACAUCGCACACCAGAGGAUGAUCGGGAGCUAUGUUGGGAAGAGACAUGCAAUGGGUUUGCCCGUCAGAGGACAGAACACACAGUCCAAUGCAAAGACGGCGAAGAAGCUCAACAGGGUCAAUCGCUUUGGUUGAGAAUUCGCUUACAAAAUCUUUCGGUAGAUUCAGGGGGGAACUAAUGAUUGGCAGCUGCACGCGAUGGCUCCCAGCAACUACUUACGAUAGAAAUACAAUGCUAGAACACACGAUUUUUAUUUUCUAUUCAUCUCCCAUCGGCACUUCCUCCUCCAGGUACUUCAGCAAAGUGACGCGUAUUUCUGUAGUCUCAUCGCCCCGUAGCACGUCCGACAAAAACUCUGCUUGCACUUGCAUCUGUACCUGCAAAACCGAUGAAUGGAACGCCCACAAUACUGCACGGAAAGAGAUACCAUUUCCAGCGCCCCUCUCA